CACCUACAGUAGUUCGAUGACAAUAUGCGUUUGCUACUCGUACUGCUCUUCGCGGGCCUGGCCCUAGCCAAUCCAGCUCAGGAAUACCUGCCCUCCCUCGAAGGCGCCAAAGUGUACCACGCCACGAUAGAAUCAGAGGAUAAACUUUCGGCGAUCAUCCCUUACCGUGAGAAACAAGGAUAUGAAAUCCUCAAAUACGGUCAAGUUCUGGGCGACGAGGUUCACAUUUUUGUCACCGCCGACAACGUCGACGCUUUCGAAAGCUUUUUGCUGGAGAAUAACAUCCGCUACUCAGUCGCAACUGACAACGUUCAACGAGCCGUCGACGAGGAGGCAGCACGUCAGCGUAACGCCUCGGCGAUUCGCUCGAAUGGUCGUCUCUCCUUCACGGCCUACCCGCGUUACGACGCCGUCGUUGACUUCUUGAGGCAAGCAGCCUCUGAUCGCAGUGACAUCGCGAGUCUCCUAAAUCUUGGCCUCUCGGAAGAGGGCCGGAUAAUCUACGGUUUGAAAAUUUCCUCUGGAGGUACGAACAAGCCGGCUGUACUUGUCGAAGGCGCUCUUCACUCUCGCGAAUGGAUCACAGUUUCCAGCGUUGCAUACUUUAUCAACGAGUUCAUAGAGAACGCCAACAACACUGACUUGUUCCAGAGUAUCGACUGGUACUUCAUCCCCGUGCUGAACCCCGAUGGUUACGAAUACACUCACACCAAUUAUCGCCUUUGGAGAAAAACACGCAAAGUUAAUCCAGGCAGUAGCUGUCGCGGCGUCGACGGUAACAGAAAUUUCGGUCAUUACUGGAUGGAAAUUGGUGCAUCCCAAAAUCCGUGCGACGAUACGUACGCUGGACCAGAAGCCUUCUCUGAAGUGGAAACGCAAGUUCUUCGCGACUUCGUUUUGGCCAAUGCUGACACGAUCAAGCUAUACCUAUCCUAUCAUUCCUAUGGCAAUUAUUUCCUUUAUCCUUGGGGAUAUACCACAGACCUUCCCGACAACGACCAAGAACUGCGUGAUCUAGCCCAAGCCGCCGACGAUGCCCAAGCUACCGUACGCGGAACACGUUACAUCAUUGGCUCAAUCGCCACUGCUUUGUAUUAUGCUGCCGGUGGCAGUAGUGACUGGGUGAAGGCCGGCGGUGGUGUCGAACUGUCCUACACCGUUGAAUUACAAGGUGGAGGAUUAUUUGGCUUUGAUAUUCCCGCCUCCGAGAUCAUCCCUGUGGGUCAGGAAUCUUUCCUUGGUCUUCGAGUGUUCGGUGAAUACAUUGCGACGAAAUAUGGUUCAACGAAAUGAUCGUCAUGUCAUUCAAUUCUACCCGGAGGCAUUGGAGACGAUUGAUUUCCGGUAACUACGUACCGAAUAAUCACAGUGGCUGUGUAAAGACAAUGCCACAUCAGUUGUAAACGACCAAAAGUUACGGGACUGGGUAUGAUAUCGAAACGUAAGCGAAAAAAUACGCUCAAAAACGCGCAGGUGUCUUAAUUCUUUUUCCGAAUCCUGACCGUUGAGAAUAAACUUUUAACCGUGCUAACGAAUAAGACGUGCGCGAUCUUUGGCACAGACAAAUGAAAGUCAUAACGUGCGAUGAUUAAUUUUCGCGAGACGAGAUAAAGGUUUAACUGAGUUUCUUGUAAAUAUAAACUGCGAUUUCUGGCACUUAUGUGAAUAUCAAGUCGACAUUAAGGAACGACAGGAAAAACUGUAUGAUUUAAUAAAUAUAUAUUAAUAAUUA